GGUAUAAGAGCCACACACUGCAAGACACAACAUGUUUCAGUUCAAUUGAAAGUGAUGGUUAGACUGGCAAAAAUGAGAAAAUCCACAUCAGUUUCGAGCUUGGAGUGUUUGAUCUACUGCAGGAACCCUGACACGACCACGGGACAGAAAGAGAUGAAACAAACAAACUGGAGAUCAAGAAUGCUUUUCAAGACUUUUCCCGUGAGAGAAUCAUGCCACACAUUGAGGAAAUCAUAUGGGCCCACUACUGAAGAAGUGACUGGAUGGGCACAAUCUCUGGACCAGCUGCUGAGCAGCAAAUGUGGAUUGACGGCUCUGCGGCUGUUCAUGAAGUCUGAACACUGCGAGGAGAACAUCGAGUUCUGGAUGGUCUGUGAAGAGUUCAGAAAGAUCAGGUCGAAUUCAAAACUCAAAUCCAAGGCAAAAACCAUAUACGAAGAGUUCAUCAGGGAAGAUUCCUCCAAAGAGAUCAACCUGGACUUCCACACAAAGGAAUCCCUCCACCAAAGCCUUCUGAUCCCAACGCAGUCCAGUUUCAAAGCCGCCCAAAACAGAGUUUACUUCCUGAUGGAGCACAACUCGUACCCUCGGUUCCUGGACUCUGAACUCUAUCGCCGGCUCUGCAGAAUCGCUGCAGGGGAGCAGUAAUGUGUUUAAACCAACGGCAGGUCCGUGUCCCGUGUAGGGAGUGUGUUAUACGAAGAUUUCAGUGUAUUUAAUAUUUAAUAGAAGAUUUGUAAAUAGU